GUCUCGUUCAGUGACCAAUUACCGAUACCAUGGCCUUUGUGACCAACGCACUUCGCGCGCUGCGCCCCAGCCUGCCCAUCCUCAGCCGCCGCACCAUUUCCAUCGCGGAGGCUCGUGUUACCAGCCCAGCCCCCUUUUUCAAGGCGGAUGCGCUGGUCAAUGGCACCGAGUUCAAGACAGUGUCCCUCGAUGACUACAAGGACAAGUACUUGGUGCUGCUGUUUUACCCGCUGGACUGGACCUUUGUGUGCCCGACAGAGAUUACUGCCCAUGCGGAUGCCCAGGAGGAGUUUGCCAAGCUCAAUGCCGAGGUGGUGGCCGUGUCCACCGACAACAAGUUUUCCCACUAUGCCUGGGCUCAGCACCCGCGCAAGGAGGGUGGUCUUGCGCCCAUCACCAUGACCAUGAUUGCGGACCAGACGCGGGCCAUGAGCCGCACCUAUGGCUGCUAUGUGCCUGAUGAUGGCUUCAACCUGCGCGCAACCUACAUCAUCGACAAGAGCGGUGUGCUGCGCCAUGCGCAGAUUACUGAUCGUUCCGUGGGCCGCUCCGUGGAUGAGACAUUGCGCAUUAUCAAGGCUCUCCUGUUUGCCGAGGAGCACGGUGAGGUCUGCCCAGCCAACUGGCAGCCUGGAUCGGCCACGAUCAAGGGCGAUCCCGAGCUUAAGAAGGAGUACUUUUCCACCAACGCUUAAAGCUGGUGCGGAGCGAGCUGAGCUCCGAACAGUUGAUAACUACUGUUGCGCACAGUAUCUGGAUAUGCCUGCACGCACGCAAUUCAGUUCUCACGUCAUGUG